AUGUCUCGUCAAAUAGUGAUCCGAUCACCGUCGGUUAACCGGAUACAGUCUUUGCUACGACCGUCGAGGGCGGCGCCCACCAGAAGCAGUCGUUUUGCGGAGAUGACGGGGGGGACGACGGCGGAGUGCGUGGCGGUGUGCUGUUGUUGUCCAUGUGGGAUAGUGAAUUUGCUUGUGUUGGCUCUGUACAAAGUCCCCGCCAGGCUGUUUAAAAAAGCGAUCAAGGAAAAGAGAAAAAAAAGGCUAAUUAAAAAAGGACUUCUGCCGCCGCGAAAAAAAAGCAAAUGUAAAUGUGGCCCUGAAGAUAUGGAACUUCAAGUUUACCCGGUUCAGAAUGUUUCGGAAGCAAUAAAUUCGGAGGACACGGAAUUAGAAUUGAUGAAAUUAGAGAAGGAGAUGUGGGAAAGAUUUUACAGUACGGGUUUCUGGGGAAGUCCAUCUCAGCGAGAAGCAUUCUCAGAAAUGUCAAUGGUAUAA